AUGGCCACACCAGCAGCUGUCCGUGCAGGUCAUACUUUCGAUAUCCUCUCUGAGAUCGUACAAUACCUCGCACCCAGAGAUCUCUUUGCCACUCUCCAAGUUAAUAAGAUGUUAUAUAAUCUUUCGACGCCUCACUUGUAUAAUACCAUAACUAUCAAAUAUGGAUGGCGAAACCCUUUCAUUGGCUUGUCCCAAAGCUCUUCUACCGAUGCGACGGUCGCCCAAUGCGAGGAAUCAGGAGAAGCUGAACCUAGCAAUCAAUAUGGAGCUUCGGGUAAAAAUGCUUUGCUAUAUUUGAUCAAGAGAGUCGAUGUACACGUUCAUUCGAAAUCCGGCUGUCCCUGCGCCAAUUUCGUGAUCCCACCACUACCAAAUCUAAAAGUUGUGCAUCUAGCUCGAGGAUCACAUGAUAUUGGAUUGACGGAUAUCUGCGAAGCAGGUACUUGCCCGUUCAUCAAGAAAUCAUGCGUCAAUGCUGAGCAAGCUAUCGUCCGUCAAUUGAACUUCAAACCUUUAGAGAACAUGAACAAGUUGAAAACGGUAGUAUUGAAACUUCGACCAUGUCAAGUUGCGAUCAAAUACCCACUUCGAUUUCAACAUGAUGAGACGUUAUGGUUAUCUGAUUCCCGCUCUUUACCUGAAUCCAAGCUAAACACCACACUACCAUCAAGUGUAGAAGUAUUGAGAUUAGUUUGGUGGGAUGAAAACCACUCAUUCAGAUUGGACCGCUACCCAUCAAGUCAAGCUUGGUAUAAUGGAAAAAUGUGGCCGCGGCGAAGGACAGAAAAUAUGGGCUGUAACUUAUGUGAUAUCGAUAUGAAUCCAUGCAAGAAAAGCAGAAAAUGUAUCCCUAUAACCAUGUUUGAAGCGACCUUGGAAUUUCUCGGCGCUGGAUCGGAUGUAGAGAAAGUGGAGAUUUGGAAUAUCGAAAAAUUGGCAGAGAUCUACGCGGUAGAAUUGCACCUUCCCAUGGAAACAAUACGGGACAUGAUGAGAGUCGCGUUCUGCAGGGGUACGAAGCAAAGAUUAAUGAACAGGCAACUUGGGGACGAGCUUACAAAUAUAGGAGAACAGCAACCAAAACCAGAGGCCGAUAUCACACUUCAUUCGGCAACUCUUUAUUACCCUCAGUUCUUGGAUGUCGACGUAAUCGAUCCUGAAGAAGAAGAAUACUGGAAAUGUCGUCUUUUUCCUUCUGAAGAAACGAUCAAUAUUCGUCAAGAGAUAUACGACAACUGGAACAAACAGGAGAGGCACAAUGUAGUUGGAAUCGAUCAUUGGUCUCAGCAAGAUUUGGAAGCAGAAUUACGACAAUUGCGACUGAACCAAGCUAUAGAGGUCGAUAGGCAUACCAGAAAAGCGAGGGAAAGGAAGAUCAUGUCAGAUCUGAAUGAAAGGCUUAAUCUUACCUCUGCAGUCUCUUAG